CUGGGCCUCGCCUUUGCUCUCAAUGCAUCUCUUCCCACUUGAUGUGCGCUCCGAUGCAGCCAAGCUGCGACGCAGCUAUUUGCAGCUGGCCUUGAAAUAUCAUCCGGACAAGGUGGUGGGCGCUGAUGCUCAAGGAGAGUGUGAGCAACGUGAGGCCACUGAAAUCUUUCAAGAGAUUCAGGCAGCGUACGAGGAGCUCGCCACACGCUUGGACGCCAAAGGUGCGAUCGCCUCGGUGGGCCGAGUGCGGAGUAGCUUGGCCGCUGCAUGCGAGCUGGGAGACGUGGAGGCCGUGCGGCGGCUCCUGGCCGAGGACCCGCCCGCCGCUUCGGAGCCCGACGACCUGGGCGUGACGCCCUUGAUGUUCGCCGCGGCAGGCGUCCAAUGUCUUUAUCGUGACCAUUCUGGAGAAACAGAUCAAGGUGGCUCGGUGGAAGUCUGCGAGCUGCUUCUGGCCGCGCAGGCCUCCUUGGAGAGCGUCACCUUGCUGGGCUGGACGGCACUCACCCGGGCCGCCCUGCGGCAGCGGACGGCGGUGACCCAGUGGCUGCUGGACCACAACCCACCGGCCACCGUGAAGGACAACGACCUAAUGGUGGUGGCUUUCACUGGAAAUGACCAGACUUUCCGGAUCCUGCUCGCCCACACGUCGGAGCCGAAGAUCCUCCACGUGCGCGAUGAAGCCAGGAAGGGCUUGCUGCACUUUGCCCUCACAGGCUUGGCGUACUUGAAGCGCUCGGCCUCCUGCCACGCGCAGUGCGUCGCCCUGGCCAUUGAGGCCAUGGGGACGGCGAUCUGUGGCGAGGCACAGAGGCGAAGUGUGACCCGCGCUCCGAAGACGAGCGUUGCCGCCAUCUUCGGUCGGAAGGUUUCAACGAGGCCGGGAGCGAUCCGAUCCAAUGGGGUGUCCGGCCGCGCUAUACCAAGACGAUGGACUGGCGCAAGCUCCAUGGCUCCUCCAAAACCGCACCCUGUGAGAAGAAAGUCCUUGUUCCAAUUCCUUGAGAAGUGUGUAGAUAUGGAAAACUGGGCCAACGACGGCCUGGAUGAGUCCGAGGAACACCUCCAGAUGGUGCAAAGGCUGUGCCGUUUGCGGGCGGAUGCGAACCUGGAGGGCCCUCAUGGGACUGCUUUGCAGCUGGCAGAGCUGCAAGGAUUUACGCGAACGCACCAGGCUUUGAUGCGGCAUGCUCAGACACUUGCCGAAGCGAAGGUUCCGCAGCAGCCGCAGGUCCUAGUGCCGGCGCCGCAGAGGGCGGGUCCGAGCGUGCCGCGGCUUGGCAGGCUUCAGAAGCUGGUGAUGACGGCAUCGUGCUGCUGCCGGUCGGUGUGAGGUAGCAUCGCAGCGGUGCGCCGGCCGGUGUUUUCAAGGGAAUUUCUGUUUGCAGGGAUCGGAG